GUCAGUUUGUAUCUUUCAACCACUUAUAUUGUUUCUUUUAUUUUGCAGACCUCGUAACAUGCAACCUGCUCUUAAAUAAUUUUGGCAGCAUUGAAUUGCAACCAUAAGCAUACCGCUGGUUCCCAGGGAGGAGAUCAAUAUGCCCAACAAAAUGUCUCGCGGCCAAUCGACUACACGGCUAAUGCGUUCUGCAUCAAAGGAUUUGGAGAACUAUGUAUCGCCGGCGAAGAGAACUAAAACGGGAGAUGAUGUGACCCCCCCACGGACGCCGGGAUCGAAUGUGAUUGUUCUUGACGAUGAAUCUGGAGUCGACCGUUAUGAGAAAGGUGUGGAAAAAAACACCAAUUUUCCAGCACAACAAUUGUCGGCGAAGGGUACCACGAGGUUUAAGCUCCCUCAAACCGUAAGCUACAGUGAGGAAGAAGUGAAGCUUGCUCACUAUAUCUUUGCUGAAGAUUUUCCACCUGACGAACCCUUGGCCCAAACUAUGACCGAAGUU